GGUAGACCCGGACGCCGGACGUAAUCCUCAGAUUAAGCACUGGCUGGUCGUCAAUAUCCCGGGCAAUGAUGUGUCGAAAGGCGAAACACUGACCAACUAUGCGGGCUCUUCACCACCAGUAAAGACUACGCCCAAUAGAUACAUAUUCCUGGUAUACAAACAACCGGGUCAUCUCAUUCACUCGGAAACUCCUUUAUCAAAGGGGUCGGGCGGAGGGCGCGGGGAUUUCAAUGUCCGAGAGUUUGCAAAGACAUAUAAUUUGAGUGAACCCUAUGCCGGCAACUUUUACCUGGCUAAUGGCGAUGAAUAUUCUGUACAAAAACGGAUCCAGAUGGGAUUAUCCAACCAAACAGUUAACUUACAAAGUCAUGGAACAAAACAAAGUUGUUCCUGAUGUGAUCGACACGAUUCCCAAACAUAUAAUCAAGGUUCACUAUUCGAGUGGAGUUGACGUGAAUUUAGGCAAUGAAUUGACACCACUUUUGGUGAAAGAUGAGCCCACAGUGGAGUGGGUGGCAGAGGAGGGCGUCUACUAUACUCUGGUGAUGACUGAUCCGGAUGUUGGCGAGCGCUCAGAGAUUAAGCACUGGCUGGUCGUCAAUAUCCCGGGCAGUGAUGUGUCGAAAGGCGAAACACUGGCCGCUUAUAGGGGUUCUGGACCUCCACUCGAACCUCCACCUCAUCGGUACAUAUUCUUGGUGUACAAACAACCAGGUCAUCUCAAACACUCGGAAACUCCUGUUGGCUUUGACUCAGUGGAGGGGCGGAUAUGCUUUAAGGUCAGGGAGUUUGCAAAGAAAUAUAAUUUGGGUGAACCCUACGCCGGAAACUUAUAUGUGGCUAAAGGGGACGCCUAUUCAGAAGAACGCAGAGCACAGAGAAGACAACAGCAAAAUAAAUAAUUAAUUAAAUGAUUAGACCUAACGAUGAAUUUGAAUGUUGAUUGACAUUUGUGUGCAAUUGUUAUCCGAUUUGAUAAAUGUUGAGCAAAU